GCGCGCGGCUUGCCAAUCGGCACUCUCCAUUUCUCCGCGAAUCGGCCUCCGUCCCUCAGUUCCAGUCCGAACCGCAGCCUCCGCGUCUCCGAGGUACGUUCCCGAAAUCCGCACGCGUUCCCCGUAAACGUGACGCGCCGCUUGUGACGAGCGUGUUUCCCUCGUGCGGUACCCGUGCAAGUGUGUGAGUGAAUUGUGUGAACGUGGAGUUAUCCCGGAUUUUGGAUACUACCCGCAUCGCACGAACAUUUGGAGCUCACUUCAGGAGUCUGAAAUGACCGACUCCAAAUACACUCACCACAGAUCCGCAUUAUGUUGAUUUUUUCAUAAGGAAGUAUGCGGCUGUGUGAAAUCUCAGCAGUUUUGUUGCUAUUGUUAAGUUCAAGAGCAAUCCAUGUAACUGCCCAAAGUCAGCGUCGCGGUGCCCGCCGCUUCCAGACACCUAACGCUGAGUUGGUAAGCGAUGAAGAGAGAACGUUUGAAAGUCGUCAAUCUCGCGACUCAGCGAGUUUGAAUUGGUCGCCGAGACGGGGUGACAGCCAAGAAUCAGCGGAGCCGUUGGACUCGUCUAGGGGAUUCAAUCAGCUGGACAGGAGAAAAGGGAGCUCCCAUUUCGACCUCGAGUCGAACCUCAGCUAUGAUGCUUUAAAAACUAGUCAACAAAAAUCAACUUUAACAACAAAUUCAGAUAGGUAUAAAAAUGAGCGCCCACCGGCGCUCCCUAGAAAGAGGGUCGAAACGACUGAUAGUCUGCCAUCACCGACGCCACGCCAGGAGUCCAAGUAUCCCCGCCGAGGGAAGCUUUUCAGCCCGGAAACCUUUUCGACGAGACAGCCAGAGACAAGUCCCACUUCCGAGAGCAGCUUCCAGUCCCGGCAAAGAUCUCCAGCGUCUAAUUCUGAGCAAACGGAUGGAUCUAGCUCUCGAAGAGGAAGGCAACGUUCACGUGGAGAAUCAGCAAAAUCUCUCUUCAAGGAUUUAAACGCCAAUGUUGAAGAAGAUAAAGAUACAUCCAUUCAAGAGUCUGACAACUACCCAGGCGUAUACAAACAACUUAAAAACCAAGGAAUUUCUACCUUUGAAAUACAAGAAAAGUUGAAACUGGAAGCAGCCAAAAAAUCCAAAAAUGAUGGCAGGCAAUUCAAUUCAGUUAUAACGAGUAAUCUACCAUCAAGGAAUCGAGAGACGGAGAUAAAUCGAAACAUACUGCCAGACCCAAAAGCUAUCCAGAGACCGUCACAACUGGACUUCGGAAAAACCCGAGCGGGACAAACAUCAACGCAAUCCGCAGAGGCUGAUCACGUGACGCAGAAAGUCUCCACUUUCAGGGGAUCCGUUUACGGUCGGUUCCGUCCUGAGGGCUCCUUCAAAUCCACGACACCAAGCCCCGAGAUCCCCAGGGAUUUCGCAACAGAAGAGCCGAUCGAUGCGAGAAACAACCUCCAACGCUCGAAACAAGCGUUUCAGCCGCGACGACCUAUCACCACGCGACCUCGGGAACAGUUCAGUCCAAGACCCAGACAAUCAAGCGGGCUAGACGCUACUCAUCAAAGCACGACGGAGAGAACCACGGUGAACGCUGUUGAGAGUUACAGGAUCUCCGCCCGACAGAAAGCGCAGAGGACGGAGGAUUCCACCGCUGAGACUAAUCAAAAAACAACCGGAGGCGAUACUCGCAGCACUUUCAAGAGCCAUAGAGUGCCGCUGGUCGACGUGCAGAAGGAGAUUCCCGGGGCAAGGAUUGACAGGGAGAAGUACUUUCGAAAGCCGACUCGGAACUUUAGCAGGCUAGGCGGUGACAAGGAAAACGUCUCUCCAACCAAAGAUGAGUCAGAGGUUCCCAAUCCCGGAGACUCCCGUCCACCGUUCGAGCGAGAAACCUCAAUCGAGCCGAAGAAGGAACGGGAAACGCAAAGUAAGAAAUACAAAGCCCCAUACCGCGGCGGGAGGUUGGGCCAGAUCCCCGAGCCGAAAGAGGAGAGCGCGCAGACGCAGGCGCCGCCGCCGAUCCUGGGAAUGCGGGGUCCGAUCCGGACGCUGAGCGACGGGGAGCUGGUCCCGCUGGAGGAGUACUACGACUCCAGGAGCUCGGAGGGACGGAAGAACGGCGGAGACCCUGCGGGCCGACGACUGCCGUCCCGGUACCCGCCGAAGCGGAGUUUCGCCGAGAUGGUGGCGUCCCUCAACGCCGAGCUGGGCAACAGGACGACGACGGUGAAGGCGCCGUUCAAACCCAAGACGUCGAGCAGACCGCCCGGGGAGGAGGAUCAGGAGAACGUCGUUGAUGACGAUCCCUUGGACUUCUCGUCCCCGGAUGGUUUCAGCCUCUCCGGCAGCGAGCUCAAGGAGGUGUCCCUCGAGAGCGCUUCACUCAAAGGCGAUUCCUCUAACAAUUCUGAGAGCAGCAAUAUUCAAUUCAUCGAUUCAAAGCCGAUCACUAACAUUACCUCAUCAACGAAAGAUGAAGCGAGCAAUAAUGGCACAAAUCCAUCCCCGGACACUCUUCCCUUGGCUAAUGACGUAGAGUUUAGUUCCUCACCUCUAACAACAACCUCUAAGUUAACAACCACAACCCCGAAAAGUCCCCCGAAAACGACACCCAAACCGUCAGCAAAAUCAACCCCUAAGCCCGCCCCAAAAGCCCCCGCAAAAACAACAGCUCCCCCGAAGGCCACACAAAAGUCCACCAAAAAGCUAGUGACUACGACCAGAAAACCGGCGACAACAAAACCUACAACGACAAAAAAACCUGCAAUAACUACCAAACCCCAAACAACAACAACAACAGCUUUCCCGACCUCGCUGAAACCUACCACCGUGAAAGUGAUCAACAUUGAUGAUCUUUUCGGGAGGGACAACUCUCAAGCUAACAUCAUCCAACGAGACACGCAGUCUGUCGAGGGGGUGAAUACCCUCAAUGAAACGACCACAGAACGAAUAGAAUCGAUCGUUGCGGUUCCUAUUACGACAUUAAUGACCGAAAAUCCGACGACAACAACAACAACAACAACGAGGACGACGACAACUACAGAAACACCAACAUCAACGACAAUAACAACACCAACGACAACGACCGAGAAACCGAUGACAUCGACCGAAAAAGCAUCGAUGAAGGCAGAGGUGCCAUUCUUCAUCUACGGUCUGUACCCGAACGGGACGGUGGUACGGAGGUUCCCGAACGGGACGGUGGUACCGGAAGAGGACGCGUCGGACCACGUGGAGCAAUUGGCGAAGCAGGGCGACGCCCGAGAUAUGGCGCUCUUUGAUGAGAUUAUAAGCAGAGUGGCGAACAAGAAAUCGCUCCCGCUUCAGUCGGCCAACCUUCAGACUCAGGCCCCGAGUACAGAGAUCUCAUCAACAACAACUUCCUCUCCUGCGACUUCGGCGCAAACAACUGAGGGUAUAGUAAUAACACCCCUAACUACCGAGUUCUCAUCAGUUACGACGGAAACGACAACCGUCUCUACAACUGUCCCUACAACGCUGUCAACAACAAUGAAAUCACCGGCCUCAACUACCGCGGCGACCCCAAAGCAAUCUCCAUCAACUCCAUCAAAAGCCACAACGGUGAAAGUGACGACAAAAGCGCCCCCAAAGGCCACAACAACAACGAAAAAACCGACUCCAAAACCACAAACUAAACCGACCACAAAACCGCCGGCUAAAACAACACCGAAAUCAACACCUCCAACUACGCUGAAAUCCACGACAACAGCUGCUCCGACGACUACAACAACAUCUGCUCCGACGACUACAACAACAUCUGCUCCGACGACUACAACAACAUCUGCUCCGACGACUACAACAACAUCUGCUCCGACGACAACCACAUCUGCUCCGACGACAACCACAACCUCAACGACAAUUACGACAACCACAACCUCAACGACAAUUACGACAACCACGAGACCUCCGGCUCCAUCAACGACCAAAAAAGCGCCAGAGAUGACCGCCAAAACCACACCUAAAUCCGCAUCGAUAAUCGCCACAACAACUCAAACAACAACGACGAACGCGAAUAAGCCAAUGGCUGCUUCGAUGACGUCAAAGACAUCCGCUGUCAUGUCGUCGACCACGAAGAAACCUCAAACAACCACGGUCAAAAGCACCCCUGCCGCGAAGGUAGCUCCAGUUAAAAUGGCGGUACCCCCGACUACCCCGAAAGCCAGUGAGAAAACAACCGCUAAACCUCUCCCGGUCCCCUCUACGCCGACGAUGACUGUGAAAAUGGUCACGACCUCGACUCUGGCACCUGCAACAACAGAGCAAUCAAACGAACAGACAAACGGCACGGUGUCUGCCAAGACUCGUGAGGAAGAUCUAGCAGAAUUGAUGAGUAUUAUGCCUGUACAAAACAGUGUCAGCGAUCAAAGUGUCGAAGAAACGUCUAUCAAAACGUCAUCUUUGAGCGCUGAAAAUAUGUCAGUCGUUGAGUCAAUGGUAAAACUGGGGGAGAAAAGCCAAUUAGUUAUGGACAUGAUAGAAGCGGCUAAGCUGACAGGAGAAUUUGAAACAGAUCCAAAUGUAUUGGCCAAUAAAAUAAUUGAAUUGGCCAUCGAAAGAGCGAAGAAUAUGCAGAAAAACUCAAAUGAUAACCAAAAACUUGUGGAGUCCAAUCGAAUUGGUAAAAGUCUAGAAAAUAGCAUGAAAACUGAAGGAAUGGCUACAGAGGAAUUUAAAAGCGAAGUUGACAAUUCUACAUUGAACAUGUUAUUGAAUAACGAAGAUAGGGCUAAGCUGAGCCAGGCGGAGAUUUUAAACGCAAUCUUGUCAUCUCCGGAUAUUCUUGGACCAAACGCAAAUCAAAUCACGAGCUACGAGAAGAAAACUACGAAAAAACCGAAGAAGAAGAAACCUACGACAACAACUGCAGCUCCGUUGCGGUUAUUGGGCCUGCUCGGGAACCUUCGAAACCCGCCGAGGCAAACAUCCUCUUCAGACUUCGGAGACUUUGAUGAGAACGACCAACCAGAUGCCACGAGCGAUUUUGGAAUGGAUGACACCUACGGGAGACCGAUGAACGAGGGUCUUUUAGGAGCAGUCUUAGAAGUCACCAGAGCAAUGUCUCGACUCAUGGCCACUGUCGUUCAGGGAGCAACGCGAUCACUCCGGAAUUUCUUACGACAGAGAACAAGAUCAUUAACCGACUUUUUGGCCUCGGGUUCUGCUGGCUGAUAUAACAAUUAGACAUGUAAAGGAAAA